GCCGCCGCCAAAGUUUCCCGGAGGAGCCGCGGCCGCCCUUCCUUCUCAGGCCCAGGGCGAGGGAGCGAGCCCUCGGGCGAGGACUGCUUGCGAGAGGGCAGCGUAGCCCCUUCUCCAGCUAGACCCCGCGCCUCCAUUGCGCCCAACUCGAAUUCCCAACUUGGGAGGCGCCGCGGGCCUGCGCACGCGCGCGCCUUCCUCGCCGCCGCCGCCGCCUCCUCCUCCCCUCACUGGGGAGCAGGCUCCGGGCCGAUCCGGGCGCCGAGACCCGCACCCUGAUCGCUCACCUCCGGCUCCCGGCCCACCGCCUCCGCCCAUGCCGACGCCCGCCGCCUGCCAGGUGCGCCCUCGCCCGAGGGCCAGCUAAGCGCCGGCCGGCGGCGGCGGCGAAAGGUGGGCCCGGCCCCGGCGCUGCCCUCGACAGCGGCAAGUUUGGGAGUUGCACUAGUUUGCGGGGUGGGGGAGAGGCUGGGCGGGGGGGCCAUGGAGGAGGACCGGGGGUCGGCGCUGGCGGCCGAGUCGGCGCUGGAGAAGAACGUGGCGGAGCUGACGGUCAUGGACGUGUACGACAUCGCGUCGCUCGUGGGCCACGAGUUCGAGCGGGUCAUCGACCAGCACGGCUGCGAGGCCAUCGCGCGCCUCAUGCCCAAGGUCGUGCGUGUCCUGGAGAUCCUUGAGGUGCUCGUCAGCCGCCACCACGUCGCUCCCGAACUGGACGAGCUGCGCCUCGAGCUGGACCGACUGCGACUGGAAAGGAUGGACCGCAUCGAGAAGGAGCGCAAGCACCAGAAGGAGCUGGAGCUGGUGGAGGACGUGUGGCGAGGGGAAGCACAAGACCUCCUUUCUCAGAUUGCCCAGCUGCAGGAGGAGAACAAGCAGCUCAUGACCAACCUCUCCCACAAGGACGUCAGCUUCUCCGAGGAGGAGUUCCAGAAACACGAAGGCAUGUCAGAGCGGGAGCGGCAGGUGAUGAAGAAGCUGAAGGAGGUGGUGGACAAACAGCGAGAUGAGAUCCGUGCCAAGGAUCGGGAGCUGGGGCUGAAGAACGAGGAUGUUGAGGCGCUGCAGCAGCAGCAAACCCGGCUGAUGAAGAUCAACCACGACCUCCGGCAUCGCAUCACAGUGGUAGAGGCCCAGGGGAAGGCUCUGAUUGAACAGAAGGUAGAACUGGAGGCAGAUCUGCAAACCAAGGAGCAGGAGAUGGGCAGCCUGCGGGCGGAACUUGGGAAGCUGCGAGAGAGGCUGCAAGGCGAACUCAACCAAAAUGGAGAGGAGGAGCCUGUGGGUUUCAGCAGGGGAGUGGCAGGAUCAGCUCUGAGUUUAUGGCGGACAGUUGAACAAGGAGAUGAUGGCAGCCAUGACUGUCAGGAGCCCUUGGCAGUAAUCCAGGCAAGAAAGGCAGAGCUGGGCGGAGAAGAGUGUGUCUCGGAGGCGGAGAAGGUAGCCAUGGAUCUCAAGGACCCCAACCGCCCCCGGUUCACACUGCAGGAGCUGCGGGACGUGCUACAUGAAAGGAACGAGCUCAAGUCCAAGGUGUUUUUGUUGCAAGAAGAGCUGGCAUACUAUAAGAGUGAAGAAAUCGAAGAGGAGAAUCAAAUACCCCAACCUCCACCCAUUGCCCACCCGAGAAUGUCUCCCCAGCCCGAGUCUGGGAUCAAGCGACUUAAAGAAGGUCCUUUAAAUGACGGGUUUAGCUUCUUCUCCCGAGAUAAGAAGCGUCUGGCCAACACGCAGAGAAACGUGCGCAUCCACGAGACCUUCGGCCAGUGGGCCAACUGCCACCGCGAUGACGGUUACACGGAGCAAGGACAGGAGGCCCUGCAGCACCUGUGACCAUGACCCACCUCUGUCCUCGGACCUGAACCACCCACCCCCAGGGGCUGCCAUGGAACACGGCCACCUCGGGUAUCACACCCUCAAAACUGAUCCCUCCAACAGACUGUCUGCUUCGAGGGAGCACGUUGAAAAACUGAUGCCAAACUCUAAAAAGACGUUUAUUUAUACCAGGGCUACCACCGUUUCUAAUAGAUGACUCCGAUACCUUAAGAUAUAUAUUUAAUAAGACCAUGAGCGGAGGCCGACUUUUGCAUUAACUUCAGUAACACGAGCUUCGCCAGAUAUAUCACCUGCUGCUCUAAUUGCUGUUUGACUUGCUUUGUAUGAAAUUCUUUGUGUAGAAAUUUUAUGAUCACAUUUGGCAUACUGACAUGGGAGGCAGGGAACUGAUAGGUUUUUAUUAGUUGCGUUCAUGAUAUUGUCAUGGUGGUAGCAGAAUAUAUAGAAUGCAUCAACUAGACAGGGAGGGCCUCCGAAGUCACAGGACACAUUGGCCCGGCUCAGACACAAAGCAACAGAAAACAGUCCUCCCACCCAGAAACUGGAGACAAGUUUGCAAGAGCCUGUGGUUCUCUAUUGCACCUUGUUACUGAUAAUGCCUAGAGCAUGUAGCAAUGUUCAAGGCCAGUGCCUUGGAAUCUGCUGUGAGUUAUGCAGUACUAACCAAACAAAGUUGCUAAGGAUGAGACACUGCAA